UUCCUGCCGCAGCGACUCUCUCCACGCCUGUGGACUGCGAUGCACGGCCUUGUCCCGGCUGGGGCGAUAUGGUGCCUCUCUAGCGGGAGACACAUGUUUGGGGGAAAACUCGCUACAAAAACACAUCCUGCGAGGGAAGAUCACCGCCACCUCCCGGGGGAAACAUACACUACACUAACAGGACUAAUGAUGUUAGCAUACCAGCGCGGAGCGCUUCGCUCGCAGGGCGCUGGGCGGCGAGGUGGCGGAGGACAAGGACGGGGACGAUGCGGCGGGGCCGCGGCGCUCCAAGGCGCUGGCCACUGCGGCGCCGCCUCCGCUGCCGCCCGC